AUGAGUUCCUGGGCUGACCCGCCCUCUAAUAUCGUGUACGCCGGAAUAUCAAGCCUCUUCACCGAGGACUCCAGCACCAGAUUCGCCAUCGUGAUCCGCAGUUCCUCCGAGCUGGUCAACUUCUUCGAAUGCACGCUUCCCUUCCCGGACAGCCAGGAGGCCGCGACAGAAGUCCCCAUCCUCAUCCUCGACAAGCUCAUCCAAUACCGCAAUGUAUUCCAGGAGAAGAUCGCCGGGAUCGCACUUCCGCAAGGACUAUCGCAGCGGUGUCCCUCGCUCUCCAUGAAACUGUGGGAAGUCCUCGACGCCGUUCCCCUGGUGAUAGAGCAGCAGAAGCAUCGGCGCGCGAAAGGCGACCAGGGCGAGCUGGCUACGUUUCUAGGGUGGGACGAGAAGCAAAUGGACGAACAGGCGGAUUCAAUGGUGCGGAAGUGUAUAAGGUACUUUGGUGUUGGACACAUUCCGCUCGUGCGCCUGGAUCUGCAUGGCAUGGUUGGGGUUGAUAACGACUUCAGGGUGCACCUAGUGGACGAGAUGGGCUACCAGCGCACUGUUGAUGACUCGACUUGGCGUCUGGCGAGUUAUUAUGCUGAUGACCUUAAAAGCAGGCAGACCAAGGUGGCCUUCUUCAGUAUGACGCCUCAUGCUAGGCCUGAUUUGCCUACUAGACAUGCCCUUAUACGGUUGUCUCGAUGCUUGGGUGUGGACUUUAAGUGGUACGUCCCUCGACCACGGCCGCAGCUGCUCCCCAUUGUCCGCAAGGUGGAAAACAUCCUCCACUGCGCCAAAACACAAGGCGCACACCUGGCUGUCGACGAAGAACUCCGUAUUCUAGAAUGGGUCUACACAACAGCAAAGCGCUACUGGCUCAACGACGAGGGACCCCUUCGACCUCGCUUCAAGGGUGGUGCAGACGUUGUCGUUAUCAGCGAUGCCAUACUGUCUCCCCUGGCCCUCAUAUCAAAGCAGUCCGACCCCAAACGGCCUGUCAUAUUCGAGAACAGGCUUCAUGUGCACGAUUGGAACGUCAAUGAUAAAUCGAGUGCGGAAUAUCAGACUUGGGAUUUCCUCCGUGCGAGACUGAAGGAUGUUGAUUUGCUGGUUUGCCAGGAGCCAAAGGGACUGGCGCCACCUCUUAUGCUGGGGAAGAAUGUUGGGUAUAUGUCGCCGGCCAUUGAUCAACUCGACGGCAGGACCAAGCGUUUACACGACUGGGACGUCACCUUCUACGGCCGUGAAUUCAAUGCAAUAUGCCGUCUAGGAGGGAAGCCGGUAAUUGACUAUCCUCACGAGCAAUAUAUCCUCCACCUAGCCCAACUAGUCCCCGACGAAGGCACCUUAUGUCUACUAGAUGCUUACAAGAAAUUCUACCGCCGUCGCGAAGCCGACAGCCCAGGUCGUCCCGUCCCCAGACUCCUCCUCUGCUACUCCAGCUCCCCCAAUAACGACGACAGCGCACCGGUGUACGCCAGCAUAAUCGCCCACAUCGAGAAUACCAUGCCAGAGCUCGCCCAGAGUAUUACGAUCAUCCAGCUCCGACCCCCCGAUCAACUCUGGAACGUGCUUAUCUCCAAAGCGAUGGCAAUCGUGCAGCUGAAUGACUCCGAGGGCAUCCCGGAGAUUUUGCUCGGCGCGGCGCAGAAGGGCAAGCCGGUUAUUGUGAGCAAGAACUGCGGGUAUUUGUCUUUCCUGAAAGAGGAGGUUGGUGCUAUUGUGCUUGAUGGGGAUUAUACUGAAGGUAUAGCGCAUAAUCUACUGCGUCUGGCGGCGGAUGUGGCGCAUGGAAAAGAUCAGCCUGGGGUAGAGGGCUCAACGGCGCUUAACUCGAGGAGCACUACUGUUGGGAAUGCUGUGAGCUGGUUUUAUCUGGCUUCGAAGCUGUCCAAGGGUGAGGAUGUUGAGCUGGGGGAGAGGGACGUUUACGCUUUGGCUGAAGAGGACAGGGGAUAG